UAGCUCAUGAUUGCGGGUUCGAGGAGUGACAGUGCUGCUCUGCUGUUUCUCUACAGCCUGACAAACAUGCUGGAUGUAGGAACGUCAAAAUAACUAUUGGGUUGCUCACACAAACACCGCAGGCGAGUUGAGGGGCAAGACUGUACGGGUUUGUAAGUGUAAAAAAGAGAGAAGAAGAUUCAGAUCAGCAGAGGAAGGAGGAAGUAAAGAGAAGAAGAGGGGCUGACUUAAAAGAAUGCACUCUUAGAGUUGACUGUGUGUUUUGUGUUUGUUUUUGUGUGUGUGCGUGUGAGUGAGAGAAUGUGUGUGAGAGUGUCUGUGUGUGUGUAACCUUUUGGUCCGAUUUUGAAGAAAUGUCUCUGAGACUACCUCGCAACUGGGACUUCAGCACCUUCAGAGCUGAAACUGCCAAGAUAGCUCGCUCCAAGAGUGUUAUGCCAGGGGAAGGGAGUCCUGGAUCCACUCACACUGGUUUUAAGAAAACAAUGGAGAAACCUCUGAAAACAGGCUGGCUGAAGAAGCAGAGAUCCAUCGUAAAGAACUGGCAGCAGCGCUUCUUUGUGCUCAGAGGAAAUGUCUUAACAUACCAUAAAGAUGACAAAGAGAGCGCUGUCCAGGGAACCAUACCUUUGUUUUCAUGCCAAGUUAAUGAGCUGCCAUCAAAUGCAGAUGAUAAGUUCCUGUUUGAGAUUAUCCCAAGUAGCAGUACAGAUAGGGAGCGGGAAACCUAUGUUCUCAUGGCGACCAGUCAGAGCGAGAUGGAAGAGUGGGUGCGCUCCAUUCGCAAAGCCAUCGGAUCACGCUCUAAUGGAGUAUUUGGAAAGAGCCUUUCCGACAUCAUGGUGUAUGAAAAGAAAUUUGGUUCCCGUCUGGUGCCCAUCCUGGUGGAGAAGUGUGCUGAAUUCAUCAGAGAGCACGGUCUGAAUGAGGAGGGCAUCUUUCGCCUGCCAGGACAGGACAACCAAGUCAAACAGUUCAGAGAGGCCUUUGAUGCCGGAGAGAGACCCUCAUUCCCCAGUGACACUGAUGUCCACACGGUGGGGUCAUUACUUAAGUUGUACCUCAGAGAGCUUCCUGAACCUGUUGUGCCCUGGACUCAAUAUCAGGACUUCCUUGACAGCACUCUGAUGCUGGAUGCCACCACUGCAACUGGCAAAGAAAAGCUGGAGGAACAAAUCAGCCUUCUGCCAAAAGUGAACUACAACCUCCUGAGUUACAUCUGCAGAUUCCUUUUUGAGGUCCAACAAAACUCAAAGGUGAAUAAAAUGAGCGUUGAGAAUCUGGCCACGGUGAUGGGAGUGAACCUUUUCAAGCCGCAAGUGGAUGACGCCAUCAGUAUGAUGAAGGGAACACCCAUGAUACAGAAGGUAAUGACGGUGAUGAUCAGACACCAUGAUCUGCUUUUCCCACCCUCUAAAGACAAGCCGCCAUCUCCUCUUCCGAGCAAGAAAAGCAAAAGCAAGAAGAGCAGUAACCCUCGCAGUUUUGUGGGCUGGGAGUCUGCAGAGUGUGAAGUGUCCUCCCUGUCUGAAUCUCCUGAGGAAGAGGAAAUGGACACACCUGAGGAAGAGAGGAAGGACUUGUGGUCAUCUAAAAAGCGAUCAGAAGACGCACCUCUUUCUCCUUCCUCUCCAUUUUCACCCGGAACCGAAAUGUGGCCCGACAGCCCCAGAAAAAGGACGCAAACUUUACCCAGCUUAUGCUGUUCGCCAGCAGGAAAAGGCCGUGAACCUUCUUGGGAUCGCUGGAGCAAGUUCCAGGAGAGCUUUAACGAGAACGAAGAGAAAACAUUCUCAGAGGACAUCUUUACGUUUUUGGACCUACAGAAAGGGACACUAUUUUCUGUGGGGCAGAAAAGUGAAAAGGAAAAAGUUGAAGGACAGAAGGACACAGAGGACACAGGCUUGCAUGAGACAGGUAGCGAUGUAGUGGACAAACAGAUAGAUGCUGAAAAACCACAGGCAAAGAGCACAACACCCAUUCCCAAACCUCGGCAGAGCAACAAUGUGACUGCACCAGCUGUGAGAAGAGAGCAGACAGUGGAACCUAUAGCACCAGCUCUACAGAAAAGCAGUCAAGCACAACCAGAAAACACAGACUCAACAAACAUCAUCAACAGUCUCCAGCAGAAGAACCAAGAGCUGAGCGCUACAGUGGCAAAGUUGCAGGCAGCACUAGAGGCAGAACGACGCUGCAAAGCUGCAUUAGAGAUCUUACUACGCAAUGCAGAGCGCAGCAGGGAUGAAGCACUUGUGCGCAAUGAGCAGCUGAACCGAGAGAUUCAGGAGUUCCUCAACAAACCGACUGCUGGACCCUCAUAGGGACACCAUCAAAUGAACAAAGUUCAAACUAAGUCCUAGUCCUAAGUCUAGCUCCUCAGAGGAGUACAUAACAAGCUGGACAACUCCAUCGGGUUUUACACCAUGAGCUGCUCUGAAUAACGUCUCAGAGUAAGACUAAUGAUAAUGUUCAUCUCUCAGGUUUUGUCCGCAACAGUAUAUGACACCUUAUGUACAGAAAUUACAGAUUUUAUCUACUUACAAGACAAGAUGUGAAAUAUUGAAGCGAUGCAGUAUUGGACUAAACAGUUUAGAGAUUUAUAAAGAGUAUUUAAUCACCCUUUUGUUUAAAUGUUAUUUUAUUUUCUAAUGGAUCUCAAAAAAUAACUCCCCAACAAAAACUAUAAUGCUGGUCAGAUUUGGUUUUAAAGAGCCUUUUUUCUCAACAAGGAGAAGUCUUGCCCACCUUUAAUUAUUAUAAAUUAAAACAAAAUAUUGUGGCAGAUGUUUAAAAUAGUUAUUGUUUUUUGUGAUCACUAGACUGUGUUAGACUCCAUCAGGGACUCAAUUUGGUGAAAAGGGCAAAAAACACAAAAUGUGGAUUACUGUCAGUAAAUAAACUGCUUUUAUCUGGC